AUGGAGCCCGUAGCACCCCAGGGAACCUCCGGCCCGGAUCUCAUGGGACAGCCCGUGUCACACCAGGGCAUCUCCGGAGCCACGGAUGGUCUCUGCGGUGGAGGCUCACUUCCUCUGCGUGCCCUGGGGGGGUCUCUCUCUCUCUCUGCACGCCUGGCACGCCUGCAGAAGCUGGUGUGCCUGUUUACCAUCUUACCAGGGGUCUCCGGAGUCAUCCCCAGUGCCUUGUCUGCUGCCAGUGCCACUGUCUGGAGAGCGCAGGCUUUUGAGAUCAAGGAUAUGGAGGUUGACAGAAGUAAUCGUGGGUUGGAGAGAGUCGGGAGCGGGUCCGGAGGUGGAGAGGAGAUGGUGCUGGCAUGGAGGCUCCAGGCCCCUCUGCUGAGUGCCGUGCUCUCUUUGUGUUCUCUCUGGAACUCUGCUGUUAACCCAUUAUGUGAGAUCCGCAGUCCUCCGCUGGGCGCCGACCCCGCCGCAGUCCGCCCGCUCUAA